AUGCAAACGACCAAGUCAGACACCAACAAAAUCACGUGGGAGGACACUGAGGUGCCUGCAGUGUGCACCCAGUGUCUUGGUGCCAACCCCUACAUUCGAAUGACUAAAGAAAAGUACGGUGCCGAGUGCAAAAUGUGUACAAGACCUUUCACAGUGUUCCGGUGGCAACCAGAACGUGCACAAAAAGGCUCUUCUCGAGGAAAGCCGCUGAAGACGAACGUUUGUCUUACUUGUUCGCGACAGAAGAACUGUUGCCAGUCGUGUUCUCUCGAUCUCACAUAUGGACUGCCGUUGGCUAUUCGAGAUGCAGCUUUGAAAAUGGAGCAGGAGGGAGGCGGCGGGGGACUCUCUCUGAGCUCAUCUUCCAACACCAUCACCAAGCAGUUUAUUGCUCAAAACUACGAGGAGCAACUGAAGCAGGAUCAACGACUUCUUACGGACAACUCAGUCACUGGUACAGGCAAGGCUCAGAGUGCAGCCAAGGGACUGUUGAAGCAGCUGGCUAACGCCAUGCCGUACAGAAAAGAGCUUUAUGAAAAGGGCCAGAAGGAUAAACGGCCUGCUGACAGCCGCGACAGUAAGGCUCUGACGGCCGAUGUCACCAAAAUUGCAUCCAAGCUUCCUCUGACGGGCAGUACAACACCUGUGCCCAAGGACGCCUCUAUCAAGAGCUUGUUUUUCAUGGGUGUAGAGGACGAUCUUCCAGAGCACGUGAUCAGAAAGCAUUUCACGGAGACUGGAGGAACCAUCUCUUUGUUGACGGUUGUACAUCGGGCUCAUUGUGGGUAUGUGGUGUUUGAGACUCGAGCUGCUGCAGAGAAAGCUGCUGCUGCCAUAAGUGGAGGACGACUAGUCCUGAACGGCUGUCGUCUUCGUGUUGCAUGGGGUAAGCCUCGAAACCUGGGAUCGUCCUCAGACGAGCAGUGGAAGCUCGGCCAGAUGAUCAAAAAGUAUCUUCGAAGUAAGGGCGGAAGUUCUAACAAGGACGGAGCUGCUGGGCGAGAUGAAGCUGCGCCCCCUCCUCCUGGUCAGGGUAUCAAGUACCAGAGUCAGGGCAACAUUGAGUUGUAG